AACAAUUACUCAGCAUGCAUUUUUUGGCAUUAUCAAGAUGCGAGAGAAAGUGGAGUGUGGCGGUGGGUUUCAUAUAAGAUUACUGUGUGUCAAGCCUAAAGUUAAAGAGGCUAGGCCUCGGCCUACUUUGUUGUUGAUGAAAUUUAAUUCAUGUUGAUCUGAAAUUAAAGAAGUCAACAAAUUUACAAGAUUUUUAAUAUUUAAUAAGAAUGAAGGCAUUGUGAAUAUUAUUAUUACCUUACAUUCUACAAAUAUGUCAUAUUUGGAAUAUGGAGGCAAUCCUCUGCUACUAAAGCCGGUUCCAUCCCUGAGCGGCACCGUACGCGAGGACUCAUACCUCAGCAAAAAGAAGAAAAAGAAACGUAACAAAAAGAACUAUUUACAGGAUGAGACGAUUGUAUACAAACGAAUUGAUUAUGUUCUUGUUUAUAAACCCGAGGAUACGUACAACAUGGAGAUUGAGGAGAAAACUGAGUAUGAGAGAAGGAUGUUGUGGAGGGAGACAUUUGAAAAAAUGAUACAAGAAGAUGGCUUAGAAAUUGAGGAAUGUGAAAUUGGCACUCAUAUAUUUGUGAAGAUCCAUUGCCCAUUUAAACGGCUUUGUGAACAGGCAGAAGAUAUGAAGAUACAGAUGCCACUGAAAAAUGCUUCUAUUAUUCCUUCUGAACCCAAAGGCUGUGUAGAUAAAUUUUGGCAACGAUUUGUAACAGAUACUGAAAUUGAUUUUGUAAGUGCUCCAUUUACGAUUGACAAACGCGACGCCUUUGAGGGCAUCGACAAUCCUGACACUUUUUUCAGACCGGCAACCAGAGCUGUACUGGCAAACAAUAUUCUAAUCAACCUGGAUAUCAGGACCGAGGUGGAAUCCUUGUUGUUAAAUGUUGACUGUGUAACUGAUAAAAAACCAAAAGACAGAGACUCCAUGCGAAGACAGGGGCUUCCAUUUAUGAUAAUGAAAGGCGCAUAUUGCGAUGCUUUCAUAUUCCAUGAAGAGUCACCGUUUGAAUAUAUUGACGACGAUGAGAAGUCAAAGCUGUUGUUGAAGGAAGAGAAAAUCCCAUUUGAUCCUAAGCUUGAUCCCAGAGAGGACAUGCAACGAACUUGGGUAAAGUUUUUCAAAUUCCAACCCAUGUGGAAAAUACGCAAUUAUUUUGGAGAGAAGAUCGCCCUCUAUUUUGCGUGGAUAGGUUGUAUGACUACGAUGCUGUGGCUACCAAUGCUGCUUGGUGUUGCACUGUGGAUAUAUGGACUGUUACUGAGUAUUGAUAACUAUCGCCAUGAGCAAGAUUUGGAAGAACAAAGGUUAAAUAACCUUGAAAUUCUGAAGAAUGAACUGGAAAUGAACAUCAGUUUGUACAACAGUUCAGAAGACAUCAGCAGGCUAGCCAAUGUCACUACAGAGAUCGCACUAGCAGGGGAGAGCAUAUCAGAUUUAGCUUUCGAGAUGUUGACAAUAUUCAAGGAUUCGUUUGACAGCAAAGCAACACCAUUUUACGCCCUCAUUAUAUGUCUUUGGGGUACUGUGUUUUUGGAGAUAUGGAAAAGAACAAAUGCUAAAUUAGCCUACGAAUGGGAUGUAGAUCAGUUUGAAGUCACGGAGCCUGAUAGACCCCAGUUCUAUGGAACCAAAGAAAGACCGGAUCCCGUCUCUGAUUUGCCCGAUUGGUACUACCCCUUCUACAAGCAGUUUCUCAAGUUUAUAACAUCAUUUAGUAUUCUCGUUUUUAUGGCCUCCUUAGUUGUUGCCAGUGCCAUAUCUGUGAUCUUGUAUCGUUUAAUCAUGUCGUACUUAUUCCGUGAUGGCUCGUCUAUCGAACAACUUCUGUAUGCAUCGUUGACGAGUACUGUCCUCAACUCAGCAUGCAUUAUGACGCUCGGUAAAGUCUAUGAAUACGUUGCUUACAAGCUCACUGACUGGGAGAAUCAUCGGACACAGACAAUGUAUGAAGACGCCCUCAUCAUCAAGCUGUUUGCAUUUCAGUUUGUUAACAGUUACACGUCGCUAUUCUACAUCGCUUUCUUCCGUGAUUUAACAACAGAUUCUGGUUUUCUGAAUAUGGGUGAGAGGUUUGUGGAUCCCUGUGAUGACAACAACUGUAUGUCUCUUCUCUCCCUGCAAGUCUUUGUCCUCAUGUUGAUGAAGCCUUUCCCAAAAUUCCUAAAGGAUUUGAUUCUUCCAUUUUUAAAGAAGCUUUGGCGAAGACGGAAAUGUUGUCGGAAGGCGAAAGUAGCAGCAUCUGAGAAAAUUAAGAUAGAGGAUGUGGAAUUUAUAGAGAAAGAACGAUUGAAGCCACCCGUCAAGGAUUUCACACUGUGGGAGUACAAUGAGAAGAUCAUUAUGUAUGGCUACCUAAUGCUAUUUUCAUCAGCCCUUCCUCUCGCACCGCUCAUUCAGUUACUUACCAAUGUGAUUGACAUACGUGUUGAUGCUAAACGUCUACUGUGGUUCAACAGAAGACCGGUCCCAUAUAUAUCACAAGAUAUUGGUAUGUGGUUUGCAAUCCUGAAUUUCCUCAACAUAGCAGGAGUAAUUAGCAAUGCGUUUAUUAUCUCUUUCACUGCUCAGUGGGGUCAGGAUUAUGACCAGGAAGGCAAGCUCUGGAUAGUCCUCAUUUUUGAACAUAUUGUGUUUGCCUUCAUGUUCUUUCUGGCGUAUGCCAUUCCUGAUACUCCGAGGGAAGUUUCCCUAGCAAUAAGAAAGGAACGAUAUCAAGUGAAUAUACAAAUGGAUGACACCAAGGAUAAAGGAGACCUAACAGCAGAAGAAUCCGCAACCAAACUACGAAAAAUACCAACAAAUCUUGAAGGAUACAAUUACUUUAAGUCGACUUACUUAUCCAACAAAAGUGAUGAGUAUAUUAAAAAAAAUCCUUCUUCAAGAUCCAACAGCCCUGAGAGGCAGGAAGUGACUGAGAAUGGAUAUUCCAAGCAUGGGACAGUUGAGUAUGUGCCAGAUGAAACAUCACCACCACCUGAGCAAUACGUAUAUUCAAACGACUCUAAUUAUUCAGAAUCGACUGAAGGCACACAGUACAUAAUUAAUUACGACGAUAGUUUUGAAAAGGAUGUGAACCCUUUUAACCAUAACUCACUGGAGCCAAUCAAACACAAGAAAAAGAAGAAGAAAAAGAAAAAACCAAAAGUUGUAAUGGAAUAUGAAGAACCACCAAACAUUGUUUAUCCUGACAACCACAAUCACAACAUGAAUGUACAGAACUUGUACCCUAACUACGAUAAUGGUCCAUUCAUCGCCACUGGCUACAAUGAUCCCGCAUAUCCGCCACCAAUUGUGUACAAUCCAUAUGGAACCACAAAUGCCUGAUUCCGGAAUGUAGUUGGUACCAAAUUAAAAAAAACGAUUUUUAUAUCAUAUUUUUGUGU